AUGGCGUAUGAGGAAGUGAAAAAUAUCCUGGAAUACAAAAAUGUCAAUGACAUAGAUUACAUCUAUGUAGAGUGGGAAGAUAAUACCACAACGUGGGAAAAAAUGUCAAACUUGAGUUGCAGAGAACUUAUUUGUGGAUUCUUUAAGGAAUCCAUCAAGACUAUCCAAAAAAAUGAAAGAGCUAAAGAAGAGGAGUCGAGAAAGAAAAGGGAAGAAAGCUUGUUACAGAAGAUGAUUAAUCGAAACAUAGAUGAAGCCACAAAGGCAGCAAGGAUUCAGAACGAGAUUUUGACUAGUCUGGUAAAUAAUUCAAGUAGUAAUCCUUUGCUAAAAGGGCUUAAGAUAGUGCAGCCUAUCCAUCAGGAUUUUCUCACCGCUGAGUCUUUCGCACAGCCAUUGCCAAAUCCGUCCUUUCAGUCACCACUAAGGAAUGCAUUCUCAAAGCUUGACGCCAAAAAGGCAUCUGUGGAUCCCCCGCCAAAUACUGCAUUUGUUGAAUCCGAAACCAAAAGUGCUAAAAUAAAGAGCCAGAGAUUGGCAGUGUUGAAAAAUAACAACAUCACCGUAAAACUAGAAAAUAAUGCAUGCGUUAAUAUUAUGUUCUAUUAUCGUAAUGAUCUCCCAUCUUUGAUUUUUGACACCAAAGAUACAGUCACUGUCUACCACAAGAGCAUUGCAACGUAUCUGCAUUCAUUAUAUCUUUCUCAAAGUAAAGCUUUUCACAUGUUUCCCUCUGCUGAUAUUGACGAUGCACCAGAAUCUCCAUUGGAAAUGAACAUGAAAGUCAAGGGUCUUUCCUUGGUUUGUAAAUUGCGAGAUUCUUUCUGGAUUAUUUCUGUACGAAACACUCUUGGAAAAUUUUUUAAUAUUUACUUAAAAUCAAAGUUUGUUAUUUUCAAUGUUUCAAAAUCUGCAUAUCUGGAGCGUUUAUUCCAGCUUAAGGAUACUAUCCAGCAGGAUUCUCUUUGGCUUGAAAAUAGCUUUAAAUUUGGUCUUAGCACGUUGACUGACAAAAUUUGUAAAAAUUUUGAUGUGUCUUCAUUAAAGCAGUUUUUUAUUCUUGGGGAUGUUAAAUCUGUUUUUAUAUUGCAUUUAAACAAAAUUGUUCAAAGGGUUGGUCAAGUAGUAAGUUCGAUCCAGGAUGCAAGUACGGUACUGAUACAAGAAUCCUACCUGAAAUUCCUCCACUUUGUGCCUGGAUUUUAUGGUUCACUAAAAAAUGACACUAAAUUUUUUAUUGUGAAGCCUGAUGGGCUAGAGGAGAUUUUACCGUCUGGAGGAAUGGUGACUUUUACUGAUGAGUAUAUUGAAAAGGCGGAGCUGUUGGCAGUAGCAGACUUCGUCAAAAAGAUAUUGACAAGGCAAAACUGGGAAAUUAAAAUUAGACGCUCGACAUAUCUUGCACUUAAGCGCCGCUUAAAUUUGCAAGCAAUUGCUAUGGAGCACACCAACAGUAUAAAGACCAUAUACAAAGCAUUUAAAGCAAAUAUAUGUGAUUCUUGCGACAGAAAUCUUAGAGAUCAUCUUGAAAUGUCAUACUUCAGAACACAUCGUCAUUUUAUUGAAAUAGCGCCAAUCAGGACCGAUAACGCGACCAUACCUAUUGACGAGGCAACUAAGCUUAUAGGCACAGGCUGA